AUGGAUAACAACAGUAGCCCUGUGAUGAUAAUAGGAGACUUCAAUGCUGUUCUACACUCAAAUGAUAGAAUUAAUGGGAAUCCAGUUAGUGAAGCUGAAACUAAGGAUUUUGAAAGUUUCAUGAAUGAUGCUAGCCUGCUAGAAGCUCCAACUACAGGAUUAUUCUAUUCUUGGAAUAACAAAGGGGAAGGGCAGACUCGAAUUGCAAGUAGAAUUGACAAAGCUCUUGUAAAUGCUGAUUGGAUAGACAAAUUCACUGAUGUGGUGGUUCAUUAUAGAGCUAAUGGUGUUUCUGACCAUAGUCCUCUAGUUUUUAAUAUGGAAGGGCAAACAGUUUCAGGGGGAAGACCUUUUAGAUUCUUGAAUAGCCUUUGUGAUCAUGACAACUUUGAAGAAGUUGUUAAGGAAGCUUGGUUUGAAAAAGUGAAGCAUGCUCUGAAGCAGCUUCAUAAGCCUCAAGCCCAUGCAUACAUCAGAAUUGAAGAGCUGAGAAGGAAGCUAUCUGAAGUGCAAAGUCAAGCUGACAUUCACUCUAAUACUUCAGUUCAGCAAGAUGAGAAGAACUAUGAAGAGCAACUUAGAUACUGGUCCAACAUUGAAGAAAGUAUCCUCAGGCAAAAAGCUAGAAUUAAUUGGUUGAGUCAGGGAGAUGCUAACACAAAAUUCUUCUUUGCUGCCAUCAAAACAAGAAAGGCAAAGAAUAAGAUAGCUCAGAUUCAGAAUGAUCAAGGGGAAAACCUCAAAGCCAGCUGA